UCCUUCCAUCCCUCUUUGUCGCCGCCAAGCAGGAAAGGGGCUCGUCAGCAACGUCAUAGGUUUUUCCAUUCGUAGGUGUUUGUAUUUAUAGUCCCGGUUCAGAGCAUCAAAUUAACAGAGUGUAAGGAAAACGAAAAAGUUUUAGAACGUUAAACUGUGUAGUUACCGUUGUAGUAUCAGCAGCAAAAGGCUGGGGUUAUCUAAAACGUAAAUAGUCUUCAUUCGGUGUGAAUCCGAGGCUGCGAGCUUGUUUAACAGCAUCUUUCCUUAUUGGGCGCCCGCCGUUGUGAGGGGAAGAGAGGCACCGCGUCUGCGGCACGUUGGCACGAUCCUGUCAGUUUAGUUAUCCGCGAGGAAGGAUCCCGUGAUCAUCGCCAUCAGCCAGACGGUUGAGCAUCCAUAUUACUUCUCAAGCAAGUGAUCGUAGAGCAAGAAGCCUGUGAGAUCAUGUACCCAGAGGGAGACAGCACGACAUUCGGAUGCACAUAUGAGCAGUACCAGGAGACAGCUGAUUGGCUGCUGGCAAAUACAGAGCACCGCCCGACUGUGGCCAUCAUUUGUGGUUCAGGGCUGGGAGGACUGGCAGAUACCCUGAAGGACCAAACCGCCUUUAAUUACAGUGACAUUCCCAACUUCCCACACAGCACAGUUCCAGGCCAUGCUGGUCGCCUAGUUUUUGGAAAGUUAAAUGGAAAGUCAUGUGUGUGCAUGCAAGGCCGUUUUCACUUCUAUGAAGGAUAUCCACUAUGGAAGGUCACAUUUCCUAUUCGUAUCUUUCGACUGAUUGGGGUUGAGACCCUGAUAGUAACUAAUGCUGCAGGUGGUCUGAACAGAGACUUCAAAGUGGGCGACAUUAUGGUAAUCAAAGACCACAUCAACAUGCCAGGCCUGGCAGGGAAUAACCCACUUUGUGGGCCAAAUGAAAGCAGAUUUGGCGAACGAUUCCCUUGCAUGUCUGAUGCCUAUGACCGUGAUCUCAGGAAAAUGGCACUGGAUCUUGGAAAUGAACUUGGUUUCUCCAGUGUCCUUCAUGAAGGCAUCUACUGUGGGGUGGGUGGCCCCUCCUUUGAGACCAUUGCCGAAUGCCGUAUGCUGAGUGCUAUGGGUGGUGACACAGUAGGCAUGAGUACAGUGCAGGAGGUGAUUGUAGCACGUCAUUGUGGCCUGCGUGUCUUUGCCCUUUCUCUUGUUACCAACAAAGUGGUGAUGGACUAUGACAGUGAGGAGCGAGCCAACCACGAGGAGGUACUUGAAACUGGAAAGCGGGCUGCCAAAAUCCUGGAGAAGCUGGUGUCCAAUAUGUUGGCAAAAAUUGAGGGCAACAACAAUAUCUGUUGAAAGGACACUUAACAGACAGUAAUACCAGCAUGAGCUUUGAAAUUACAGUGGGAAGGGUCAAGUCCUGACUUCUAGGUCACUAGCCUUGCACUUCUAUUUGCCCUUUAUAGGGUGCUUUUUCUGUUCAUGCAAGUGUUAAAAAUGCUAUAUAUUUACUGGACUAAGAAGGAGCGGAUGUGUUUGUUUCUGAUUACUGAUAUGCACAUGAGUACGACAUUCCUUACAUUUGAUAUUAGAAAGGCAUUCAUUUUAACCUUGAUUUUUUGAUGUCUGAACACAAAUGAUUCUUGUUUACAUUUACCAAACACUUUUCUUCGAUGGCCUGCAAAUUAAGUCAGCUGGUUCUCUGUCUUAAUUACUUUCCUCCAGUGACAUAAAGCACAGUUAACAUCAUUCAUGUUUGAGAACAUGAAAACCAUAGCCUGUAUUGUUACAGCAUAAUAGCAAAACUUUUGCUUAACAAGAGAAACAAAUCAGUAACAUAAAAAAAUACUAUUUUCAGCUUGCUUUUUGCCAAAACAAGUAGUCACAUUUUUUUGUGUUGGGGACCAGUAUAAGGUAUGAGGAGUGAAGAACUUGGGGGCAGUACCAGUCUGUGUAACUGGGAUUCCAUGUAUCCGUUUUCAUGCAGUUUGAGUGAUAGGAAUAUAUAGUGUAACAUCCUUGCUUAUGUAAUUGAGUAUGCAUUUAUGGCCAUUCCUGUGGAAGCUGUGCAUUCCACACUUAGCAUUCAGAUGUGUACUUCCUCUGUGCAGUGACCAUACCUCUCAACUGUAUAGAUUUUUGCAGAAUGUCCAGAUUUCUGCCUCAUAUCUUUGGUCUGUUUCUCAUAAAAUUAUGGUUUUCUAGCAAACCACUGAGGGUUGAAGUGAGAAAACGAGAGACAUUUGUGUUUCAAACUUCAUACCCUUGAGAAAAUUCAUGCUGAUGCAAAACCUAUUAUUCUGUCAACUUUCUAAGUUUAUAGGAGCGAUAUUUAAAAAGUGCCACCAUUUUUAUGGCUUUGUCCAGAUUUUUUUGCUCUGAGGUUGAAAGGUAUGCACUGCACUCCAUUUUCAGGAAGGCAUCAACGUCCACCUGAAUUGACAGUUGUGUUUUCCUCAUCAGUUCUGGUUCAUCUUCCUGUGGUUUUAGCCUUAUUUUGUCUCAGCAAUAAACCCGAUUAUUAGUAUAACAAAUACAAGGACAGAGGAUUCGACCACAGCGGAAUCACCAGAGCCCAUAUAAGACUGACUACUUAGAUCUUUUUGAAAUGUUAAAGGAUUUCUCAUUUAUCUCCGAGGAUCAUCAGUCUUCAGAGUGAUUUAUAUUAAAGUGGGUAUGCAAAGGAUUGCUUCAUUUAUUGAGGUGGGGGGCAGGCUUACCAUCUACAUAAAAUAUUCUGUUUCAUUUUUACUGUAAGUAUCUUAUUGAGUCAGUUAAUCUUGAGCAAACUAGCUCUGACAAACAGGUCUCCUGCAAAUUGAACAAUAUCCCACAAUAUACACAAAGAUCAACACGGGAUAUAUGAGAUAAUCUGCACAGAUGUAGUAUAAAUAUCUGGGGAGACAUAUUUUGUCUUUCUUGUUUAAGCACUGCAAAGCCCCAAUUUCUAGGCAGAGAUAAGGGGUAUAUGUGUUUAAUUUUAUUACGUCUAGAGUGAGAAAAUUAUCCCACACAUCCUGUGGUAACAUGUGUGUGUCUUGUGUCAUACCAUAUAAAAAUGAUUUCUUACUGAGACAGUAUAAGGUUACUUGGCAGGAUGAGGCAGAUGUAUAGAAGAAAACUGACAUGCCAGGUCAGCCUGGUAUAGAUGGUCUGUCUUGAACGUACAGUGCAGGAAGCUUUGUGGACAAGUAAUGCUGUGUUAAUGCAUUGCUUCUGUCUUCUUUGCUUGCUACAUAAAAAAAUAUUUUGAACCAUUAUCAGUCAGACGUCAGGAUGUGUCACUCAUUCCUUUACGUGGAUAACUGUAUCGUUCCCUCAGUGCACUUUGGGUAGGGGACUCCUGAUCCUGUUACCAGUACUCGUGUAGUCAGAGGAUCACUGAUAUAUUUAACUCCAUGCAGGUUAUAAUAUGCAUCUUUGAUUACUUAUUUUGAUAACGGUUGUACAGAAGCUCAGUAAUGUAUAGCAGUUUUAUGCACUUAUCUGUACUGUUUUAUUAUAUUUUUAAUUUUAUAGAAUAUGUGUAUGGUUUCAUUUUUAUUUGCUGAAGUUGUACUGUAGUCUGUGUUUUUUUUUUUUUUUUUUUUUUUUUUAAUUAUUUGCACAUGAGAUGAAGUGCAGGGGUGAAGAGUAUACAUGCACUGUAAAAAGUUACCUUCAUGUACUAACAAUUUAGCACACACUUGUAUGACAAUAGUUUGUAUUGCUGCUUACACUUAAAAUUUUGUUGUCAUACUUUGUAUGACUUUAACCAAAAUUAACAGAGAUUACAAAUGGUGUCCGGUAUUUUAGCAGUAUACCUAUACAAAAUCCUUUUGCUUGUAUUCAUAAACUUACUGUAACAGGGGAAACCAGUUUUCAUUAACAGAAAUUCUCAUAUCAUACAUUUUUGAGCAGUGUGGUUCAAAACUGCAGUUUAACCAUUCCCACAUAGUGGCAAACAGAAAAUGUGCACAACCCAAGUACUUUCCUUUAUCCAGAACAUGGCAGAUCAGAAUUAAUUAGCUUAUUUAUUUUGGAGGGGUUAGAAGAUGCAGGGUGCUAACUGUAUUAUCACUUGUGUAUUCAGUCUGUUUGCAGCUUUGUUCCAGACCUGUUGUGCUGAGACUUAUAACUUCCCUUUAAAAAGAUUUAUAACUGUUAGGAAAAAACUGUACUGAGAUUCUGGAUGUGAGAUGCAUUGUAUUAACCAAUAUGUCUUAAUCUGCAUGGGGGCUGCCAUUGUAGCUGACCUGCAUUUGUCUUCAUUCCAUAUGAGUUAGAUGGGGUAGAAAGUGUUGGUAUUGGGCACAUUUACUGAUUAUUAAAGUGGCAUGAUGGCAUGUUAUCAUCCAGCAGCUAAACUGUGAUGAGGUAGCAGUCACUUUGGAGCCAGAUGUACAUGGUUACUUUCAGUCAAAAAACUUCCUGAGGUUCCCACUUUCAGCUGAGGUAGGUGAGUAAUACACACAUAUUUCAGAACUGCCCAGUGACUGUUACUUCGUCCAUAUGUGUUUGUGUUGCAUUCCUAGUCGAAAAUUCCAGUACUGUCUGCAGGAUCCCUGUGAUUCCGUGAAGCUAAACUGUUUUGUGAAUUUUAUUUUUUUUUUUUUGCCUUCUAAGGUACUAAUGCAGUGAAGCACUUUUGAUGUGUAUAGAAAGACCAAAAAUGUAAAUCUUAAUUAUUUAGUUUAUUUAUGCAUCUUUACUUUUCACCACCCAGUAUAGUAACAACUUUGGAGAAUGAAAGGUUUUAUAUUUUUAAAAAGCUUGUAUUUAAAAAUUCGCUAUAAAUUAAUAUAUUUAAGGUUAAUGGUAUAUCUGUAGCUAAAAAAUAAAAAAGUUAAACAAUGUGA